AUGGCUCGUCGUUUCCUCCAAGGGCAGAAUGUUACCUUCGGGUUGAGUUUAGUCCUGUUCACCUUCAUGCUAUUGCCUACUUUCUUCGUCUUGGUCGCGGUGGUAGUCUUCUUUCUGCUUGUGUACCCUGGUCUGCAGAAAUCCGUCGAAACCGAUGGCGAGCAAGGGGUCCAGCCACAACAGGCGGAAUUGAAGAAUUGA